AUUCAAUGCCAAAGACAGCUGUUGAUAAGUUAGGAAGUAGGUAGCCGAGUAACAGGUUUUAGAAGAUACUUUUCCUUUCCUUUUCGAACGAUAUUACGAAACGAAAAUGUCUGAGAAUAGUAGUCCAGUUAAAUAUUUUCUAUGUGGAGGUUUCGGCGGUGUGUGCACUGUUUUAUCAGGACACCCUAUGGACACAAUAAAAGUAAGAUUACAAACUAUGCCCCUUCCCAAACCGGGCGAGGUCGCGCUCUACGCUGGCACUUGGGAUUGUUUUAAGAAGACAGUACAGAAAGAAGGUUUCCGCGGUCUGUACAAGGGUAUGUCCGCACCUCUCACGGGAGUGGCUCCAAUUUUCGCGAUCAGCUUUUUCGGAUUUGGUCUCGGUAAGAAAUUAAUUAAGAGCGACGAGAAUCAGGUCCUGACCAAGUCUGAGCUUUUCGCAGCCGGUGCUUUCUCUGGAGUGUUCACAACAUCAAUAAUGGCGCCUGGCGAGCGUAUUAAAUGUUUACUUCAAAUUCAACAAGGAGGAAAUGUGCCCCAAAAAUAUAACGGCAUGGUUGACUGCGCCAGGCAGCUAUAUUCAGAGGGCGGUAUAAGAAGUAUUUACAAGGGCAGUGUGGCCACAAUCCUCAGAGACGUACCCGCAAGCGGUAUGUACUUCAUGACCUACGAGUGGGUCAAAGAAGUACUAGUUCCAGAGGAUGCGAGUGCAAAAAUCAAGAUGUUGGCAACUAUAGUGGCCGGUGGUUGCGCUGGAAUAGCUAACUGGCUGGUUGGCAUGCCGGCUGAUGUAUUAAAAAGCAGGUUGCAAACUGCUCCAGAGGGCACAUAUCCUAAUGGAAUGAGAGAUGUUUUCAAACAGCUAAUGGAACGGGAGGGGCCAACUGCAUUGUAUAAGGGGGUCACUCCCGUUAUGAUACGAGCUUUCCCAGCAAAUGCCGCUUGCUUUGUGGGAUUUGAGCUUGCAGUCAAAUUCCUGGAUUGGGUGGCACCUAACCUUUGAUAGUGUAGCUAUAUGAAUAGAUAAAUCUAACAAAGUUGUAAAGUAAUUGUUAAGUUUUAUAGUAGGUUAAGAAGUAUUAUUUUGUAAACUUGUUUAUUAGAUAUUCAGAUGGUAUGAAGAAUACAAAUGUAAUUUAAAUAUAUAUUUUUAUGUUGACACUUUGUUUUCAAUGUGAAUGAACAGGUACAUGACAAUUAUUGUUGUUUGUUCAACAAUUGGUUCAAUGAUUUAUUAUGUGUUUUUAUUAGCACUUCUGUGAAAAUUAUAACAGCUGUCAUAUCAACUAGCAACAGCUGUCCAUGUUGUGUUCAGUGCCUUUAUGAGGAAAUAAAUUCCAUCUAUUUUUAA